CCGGGCCGGCCCCGCUGGCUCCGCUCAAAGUUUGCGGCCGCCCCUGCGCCCGCCCGAUGUAUGGGUGAUAUACUGCGGUGGUGUCAGGGUGAGGGACGGCCAUAUUUGCCGGUGCGGCCCGAGCCGUCAACAACAAAAAGUGCGCGGGAGCUCGGCGGGCGCACGGACGGGCGCACGGACGCCGGGGCCGCCUCGCCGCCGCCCGGCCUCGCCGCCGCCGCCGCCGCCCUCGCGGGCCUGGCCCCGCUGCGCCCCGGCGCGCCCCGCCGCUCGGGGGGAUGUCUUACAAACCGAACUUGACCGCGCACAUGCCCGCCGCCUCCCUCAACGCCGCUGGGAGCGUCCACCCGCCCUCCACCAGUAUGGCGACGUCCUCACAGUACCGCCAGCUGCUGAGUGACUACGGGCCACCAUCGCUAGGCUACACCCAGGGAACUGGGAGCAGCCAGGUGCCCCAGAGCAAAUACGCUGAGCUGCUGGCCAUCAUCGAAGAACUGGGGAAGGAGAUCAGACCCACCUACGCGGGCAGCAAGAGCGCGAUGGAGAGACUAAAACGGGGCAUUAUCCACGCUAGAGGACUGGUGAGGGAGUGCUUGGCUGAAACGGAACGGAAUGCCAGGUCCUAGCUGCCUUGGGAGCCUGGAAGGCUUUCCAUCUUCCGAGAGAAGUUACAGUUCAUCUCCCCUGUUCAGAUGAAACUUUGUUUUCAAAAUGGUAACAGUUUGGUUUCUCUGUGCCCCUCCCACGGCUCACUACGUCUGAAGCUACAGUCUGUAAGAUUAAGGAACGGUUUUGCAGUUGAUUAGGGUUUACAUUUUAAAUAGUUAGGAUCUACCCAGGUUUGUUUUUCUUUAAAGCAUUGAUUCAAAAGAUGCACGUAAAAGUUACCUGUCUUACAGCAGACUAGUUUGCCUCCAAGGUACCGGUGUCUUGCUCUCCUGUUUUGAAUACAUUUAUGUUAUUCAGAUUGUUCUUUGUACCUUUUCAUAAGCUGAUACAACUUGAAGGGUUUCUUGUUGUAGUGCGGACUGACAGCACACUUAACCUAGUAGCCGGUCCCCCCUCCCUCCCUUUGCCAUACAGUGUAGGUUCUGCUUAAUGUAACUUCUUUUUUGCUUAAGCAUUUGCAUGACUAUUAGUGCUUUGAAGUCCACUUUGAAAAUGCACAAGUUAUAAAUACAGAAGAAAGAGCAGCCUCCCAAACCAAACCUAACAAGGAUCCCUGGAAGCUUCCCUAAGACUAUGUAGAUUUCAGUUCCGCCUUUCCUGUAAGUUGAUCCAAACAUCUGGAACAAAAUGAAACUGUUUGCAUCUUUGUAUGUAUUUAUUACUUGAUGUAAUAAAGCUUAUUUUCAUUAACA